CAAAUGUCCAACAGCAGCUCCAUCACUGAGUUCCUCCUCCUGGCAUUCGCAGACACACGGGAGCUGCAGCUCUUGCACUUCUGGCUUUUCCUGGGCAUCUACCUGGCUGCCCUCCUGGGCAAUGGCCUCAUCAUCACCACCAUAGCCUGUGACCACCGCCUCCACACCCCCAUGUAUUUCUUCCUCCUCAACCUCGCUGUUCUUGACCUGGGCUCCAUCUCCACAACUCUCCCCAAAUCCAUGGCCAAUUCCCUCUGGAACACAAGGCACAUCUCCUAUGCGGGAUGUGCUGCACAAGUCUUUGUGCUUGCCACCUUGAUUAUAGCAGAGUUUUGUCUUCUCACCGUCAUGUCCUAUGACCGCUACAUUGCCAUCUGCAAACCUCUGCACUACAGGUCCCUCCUGGGCAGCAGAGCUUGUGUCCACAUGGCAGCAGCUGCCUGGGGCACUGGGUUUCUCCAAGCUCUCCUGCACACGGCCAAUACUUUUUCACUACCCCUCUGCCAGGGCAAUGUCCUGGACCAGUUCUUCUGUGAAAUCCCCCAGAUCCUCAAGCUCUCCUGCUCAGACACGGACUAUCUCAGGGAAGUUGGGCUAAUUGUACUUAGUUCCCUUUUAAUAUUUGUGCAUUUUGUGUUCAUUGUGUUCUCCUAUGUGCAGAUCUUCAGGGCCGUGCUGAGGAUUCCCUCGGAGCAGGGACGGCACAAAGCCUUUUCCACAUGCCUCCCUCACCUGGCUGUGGUCUCCCUGUUCAUCAGCACUGCCAUGUUUGCCUACAUGAAACCCCCCUCCAUGUCUUCCCCAUCCCUUGAUCUCGUGAUGGCAGUUCUGUACUUGAUGGUGCCUCCAGCAGUGAACCCCCUUAUCUACAGCAUGAGGAACCAGGAGCUCAGGGAUGCGCUGAGAAAACUGAUGCAAUAG